AUGUCAGACCCCUGCAAAAUCCUCGUCUUCGCCUCAGGCAACGGCUCCAACUUCCAAGCCCUCAUCGACGCCGUCUCCUCGGGCGCCAUCCCCAACUCCAAGAUCAUCCGCCUCAUCGUAAACAAGAGCAAAGCCUACGCCACCACCCGCGCUGACAACGCCGGCAUCCCCUGGGAGUACUUCAACCUCAUCUCCCACGGCUUCCGCCAAAAGGGCGAGACCGACCCGGCCAAGCUCCAGGAGUCAAGAGACAAGUACGAUGCCGCCCUCGCGGAGAAGGUGCUCAAGGGGGAUUACAAGCCCGACCUGGUGAUUUUGGCCGGGUGGAUGUAUGUCUUUGGAAAGGCUUUCUUGGAUCCGCUUGAGGCGGAGGGGAUCAAGAUUAUUAACUUGCAUCCUGCGCUGCCAGGCAAGUAUGAUGGCACCAAUGCUAUUGGGCGGGCGUUUGAGGACUUUAAGGCCGGCAAAUUGGAGGACAACAAGACGGGUAUCAUGGUGCAUUAUGUCAUUGCCCAAGUUGACAGGGGGGCUCCUAUUCUGGUGAAGGAGAUUGAGUGCCGCGAGGGCGAGGAGUUGGAGCAGCUGGAGCAGAGGAUACAUUCUCACGAGCAUGAGCUGAUCGUUGAGGCGGCUGCCAAGGUGGCAGGUGAGAUCCUGGACAAGAAGAACAAGACACAAUAA